AUGCUCCCCGCCUUAGAUUCUUUGGAUCCUUGCACAAUUAUGCUACUAAUUUCAGUGCCCAUUUUUGUCGUCGUGUUAUUUUUCUUUGUUUGCCAAUACCGGAAAAACAUUUUGUACAUUGAAAAGUGUGCAGUCUAUACGAAUCGUGGCGCGAGAUUCAGUGAAGAUUUCGCGAUACCUCAAAUCAUCAUUUCUCCGGGACGUCGUCAGCCAGAAUUCCACGAUUCUGCUCGUGCAUCACCGAUUCCAUUUUUGAAAGACGUCACUCCAAUUGAUGCUUCCAGAUUGUCACCUCCUCCGUUUCAGAGAACUUGA